CACAUUUCUGAAUUUUCCAGGCUCUACCGCAAUUAUCAUCUGAAAAGGAACAAAAAAUAAAAAAAAAUAAAAAAAAUCCAAUAUUCCUUUUUUGAGGAUCCGAUUAACCCUCGGGAUCUUCGCUCCGUAAUCUAGGGGACAUUGAUGAGAUAGAAGGACCGGUUUGAAUUUUGUGAUAGGAAGGAUUGGAGAGCUUGUAGAGGGAUGGCCUGCAGAGGAUGCUUGGAAUGUUUGUUAAAGCUUUUGAACUUCUUGUUGACCCUUGUGGGUCUGGCUAUAGUGGGUUAUGGGAUCUACUUGCUGGUUGAGUACACAAAAUCGACAGAUGAUACCGCUCCGCCCGUUGGUGACGAUCAUAACUCCAUGCAACUCGGCCGGCCAAUGCUUAUGGCUGCGUCUAUGUCGGCUGGCAUCUUCGAUAAAUUGCCUAAAGCUUGGUUUAUCUACUUAUUUAUUGGAUUAGGGGCGAUUCUCUUCGUCAUCUCGUGUUUUGGUUGUGUUGGAGCUGUAACACGGAACGGCUGCUGCUUGAGUUGUUAUUCAGUGUUGGUUAUCCUGUUAAUCUUGGCGGAGCUAGGAUUUGCAGCCUUUAUAUUUUUUGACAAAACAUGGGAAGACGAAAUCCCCACUGACAAAACUGGUGACUUCGACAUGGUAUAUGCUUUCCUGAAAGAUCACUGGAAAAUUGUUAGGUGGGUUGCUCUCGGAGCUGUUGUUUUUGAGGCUCUGCUUUUCUUGUUUGCACUUCUGGUUAAAUCAGCAAACAGGCCAGCUGAGUAUGACAGUGAUGAUGAGUUCAUUGCUCCAAGGCAACAGAUCCGGCAACCGUUGAUCAACAGACAAGCAGCUCCUGCGACGGGCGUACCUGUCGCUGGCACCCUAGAUCAGCGUCCAAGCAGAAAUGAUGCUUGGAGUACACGCAUGAGGGAAAAGUAUGGGCUCGAUACGUCCGAGUUCACAUACAAUCCAAGUGAGUCUAACAGAUUCCAGCAAGUUGCCCCACAACCAACUGAAGAAAGGAGCCGCUGCACCAUCAUGUGAGAACCUUAGAUUUAACCAAGAUUCUGAUUUUGGGUUGGUGUCUAAAAGGCUGAUCUCUUUAACCUUGGUGUAUAACUUCACGUUUGUAAGAAUCAACUUCAUUCGAAUUUGUGCACAACGCAAAAUUUUCAGGGUCUUUGUUAAUGUAUUUGUGUGUGUAUAAUCGCGUUGUUACUUUAGUGGAGUCACUUUGGGCGUAGCUUGUUUUUGAGCAUAGUUUUAUUGACGAAGCUAUGAAAAAACAUCAGGUGCAAUCUUGGGAUGUAAACAACUUUUGGAGCGUGUUCACUUGGUUUUUGCUUUUAUUUUUCAUUAUUAUUUGCUUCGUGCUCAAAA